UCCACCUAGCCCCAACGCGUGGCAGGACUCUCAGCCGGCGCCUGAAGCCGCUUUCCGGGCAGGUGCAGCCAACAUGGGUGAGCCCCAGGGGUCCAUGCGGAUCCUAGUGACUGGGGGCUCUGGGCUGGUGGGCAGAGCCAUCCGGAAGGUGGUAGCAGACGGGGCCAGGCUGCCCGGAGAGGACUGGGUGUUUGUUUCUUCCAAGGAUGCUGAUCUUACGGAUGCUGCACAGACCCGAGCGCUGUUUGAAAAAGUCCGGCCCACACAUGUCAUCCAUCUUGCUGCAAUGGUGGGGGGCCUGUUCCGGAAUAUCAAAUACAAUUUGGACUUCUGGCGGAAAAACAUACACAUCAACGACAACGUGCUGCACUCGGCCUUCGAGUUGGGGGCGCGAAAGGUGGUCUCCUGCCUGUCUACCUGCAUCUUCCCCGACAAGACCAGCUACCCUAUCGAUGAGACCAUGAUUCACAACGGACCCCCGCACAGCAGCAAUUUUGGCUACUCUUAUGCCAAGAGGAUGAUCGACGUGCAGAACAGGGCCUACUUCCAGCAGCACGGCUGCACCUUCACCGCUGUCAUCCCCACCAACGUCUUUGGGCCCCACGACAACUUCAGCAUCGAGGACGGCCACGUGCUGCCAGGCCUCAUCCACAAGGUGCACCUAGCCAAGAGUCGCGGCUCAGCCUUGACAGUGUGGGGCACAGGGAGGCCUCGGAGGCAGUUCAUCUACUCACUGGACCUGGCCCGGCUCUUUAUCUGGGUCCUGCGGGAGUACGAUGAAGUGGAGCCCAUCAUCCUGUCAGUGGGCGAGGAGGAUGAGGUGUCCAUCCAGGAGGUGGCUGAGGCCGUGGUGGAGGCCAUGGACUUCCAUGGGGAGGUCACCUUUGAUACAACCAAGUCGGACGGGCAGUUUAAGAAGACGGCCAGUAAUGGCAAGCUGCGGGCCUACCUGCCCGACUUCCGGUUCACGCCCUUCAAGCAGGCCGUGCAGGAGACCUGUGCCUGGUUCACUGACAACUACGAGCAGGCCCGGAAGUGA